AACGGCGCAUGCGCACCACCCUGCUACUCGUUUGGCGACGUGUACCGGGUCUGUGGAAGAGUUCAGGUAAAUCACCUCCGCCGGGCAAUAAGCUGCCAUUAAAACCUAAAAAGCCUUAAACUGGGAGAGACAUGGGAGGAGCACAGAGCGUGGAGAUACCGGGCGGAGGGUCAGAGGGCUACCACGUCCUCCGGGUUCAGGAGAACUCACCUGGACACCGUGCAGGACUAGAGCCUUUCUUUGACUUCAUCGUCUCCAUAAACAACACCAGACUGAACAAAGACAAUGACACCCUGAAAGACCUGCUGAAAGCCAGCGUGGAGAAACCAGUUAAGAUGCUGGUUUACUCCUCAAAGACCCUGGAGCUGCGAGAGUCCACAGUCACCCCCAGUAACCUGUGGGGGGGUCAGGGCUUGCUCGGCGUCUCCAUUCGUUUCUGCAGCUUUGAGGGAGCCAAUGAGAAUGUUUGGCAUGUGCUGGAAGUGGAGCCUAAUUCCCCAGCUGCUUUGGCUGGCUUGCGGCCACACACAGACUACAUCAUUGGAGCCGACACUGUUAUGAAUGAGUCAGAGGAUCUGUUCUCUCUGAUAGAGAGCCAUGAGGGGAAAGGCCUGAAACUCUACGUCUACAACACAGACACCGAUAACUGCAGAGAAGUGAUCAUCACACCGAACAGUGCGUGGGGAGGAGAGGGCAGCCUUGGAUGUGGGAUUGGAUAUGGAUACCUCCACAGGAUUCCCACCAGGCCUUUUGAGGAGGGCAAGAAGAUCAGCUUCCCCGGAAACUCUCCCAGUGAGCCCAUCAGUCCACUGAAGGAUGGUUUCACUGAGGUCCAGCUGUCGGCAGUGACCCCUCCUCCAACAGCACCAGCUGUCUCCACUGGCCUCGAGGAUUCACUGACAGGCCUGUCAAUCAGCACAGCCCCGCCUACCAUGCCCAGUGAGCUGCAGACAGGUCUGCCCACAGUCCCCCUGCUCCCCUCUUCCAGUAGCCCCUCUCUCAGCCCGCUCACUCCUCUGAAUCCUGCCACCACCACCUUCAACCCCUCCACCACACUACCAGGCCUGAUGCCUCUCCCAGCUGGUUUACCGCCGCUCCCUAACCUGCCCAACCUCAACCUGCCGCUCCCAGACCUCAGCGCUGUGUCAUUAUCAGGCAGCACUUUACCGCCACCUGUAGGAACCACAGUCCCCUCUCUAGCGCCCCUCCCACCCCUAAACAUCCCCGGUCUGGCCCCAUUACCCCCUCUACCCACUGUGCUGCCCUCCCAGCUGCCCCCUCUCCUCCCUCAGGGGAUAGCGCCCAUCCUCCCCAUCUCCACCUCCGCUCCUGCGGCCUCGGUCACCGUCACAGCAGCGCCUGUACCAGAGCCUGCCUCCGACCCCGCAGCCCCCACAGAAACGGCACCCACAAACGAAACCGAAACAGCGGCUCCCACGGAAACAUCUGUAUCGUCGUAACCUAGGAGACAACAUCCAGCUCAACAUCAAACCAAAACACACCCCGGUUUUCUCUCUUUCUCCCUCCUGUCUGUCUUUCUCUCUGUUUUUCUAUUUAUUUGGCUGAGAGGGACAGACAGCUGCAUUAGUUCACACAGAAAGGUCAGAGUGCUCCAGAGGAAGCUCGUGUGGAGCGAUGAAGACCAGAGGGCGGAUGUAGACAGCUCUUAGCAGCAUGUUACUGUCAGAUCAUCAUGGAGCGAUGUAAGCUACUGUGAGGAGAGAAGACGAGUUAGACGCUUCAGUUUGUGGUUUGGCUUUUCUCUUCUGCAGUCUCUAAACAGCAAAAACUGUCAGGAUUUUCCUCUUUACUCAUCAUUUAUCCUCUCUGUUUCACAUGGUUAUUUUGGAUUUUUUAUAUAAACUGUAUAUUGUCAGGGCUGGUCAUAAAUCCUUUAUAAACAAAAUAGAAUAGCUUCAAGUUCAGCCAAUGGGACAGAGGUAUAAGACUGGGCCUUAAGGGGAAAUAAAAUAUGAAGCACUGCUGUAUUAAAAACAUAAUAAAGAUAAAUCUAAAUCCAUGUUAUAGAUUCUUUCUUUUUGUCCAGCCCUAACAUGUAAUCUCUUACUAGUUUAUAGACCCCUGAUCAAUAGAUUAAUUUCUGUGUUAAUUUUGUUCAGAUUACCUUAUAAAAGUCUCCACCCGUUGAAUGAAUCUGCAUUAUUUUGCACCACCUUUUGUGUUUGUUGAAAUAAUUAGUCUGUCCCUUUUGUUGGUCCUUUUUGAAGCAGAAAUUUGCCGUCUGUCUCCAGAACUCAGAGGUGUUUCAGUUUGGAGGCCGUGCCAGUGGAGACAGACGAUUAAAGACACGAGAGCUACUGAAUGAAGUGUAAAUUAGUUUGGAAAUGCACAGUUUGUCUCCUCCUGGCACGACUGAAGUGAUAUUGUAAUGAUGCAGUUCCACCACAAGGUGUCACUGUAACAGAGGUUUCUGAAAACGAACAGUACGCACAGUGUGAGCAAUAAAGCCAAAUUAAUUUUA